AUGACGCGGUUGCUUGUCGUUGUGUCCCUUUCCUUAGAGAAAUCGGCUUUGCCCAGCAACAUAGUCUGGCCCGUGCUGGUGGGGAGCAGCCUCGCUCUUCCCUUAGGAGGUGCUCAUGGCGGCCUUGCCUUAGGCGAGGCAGAGCUCAGAGAAAUAGAGCCUCUGAUGAGUCGGGUCAUUCCUGAAGCGUGGAAUGACCGACACUUCCAGCACACGUACGAGGGUCCAGAUGACAUGCCUGCACACGCGAAAACGACUCUUUUUACACCAGAAGUUCUCCUGCCUGUGGCUGCCCCGGAGAGUGAAGAUGGGAUUCGGCGAAGAGCGGACUCUGUCGAGGCCGAGGGAGCUGAGAGCGCGCUCGCGAGCACAGUGCCCGAAGAGCGCGUGGAUACGGAGCGGAGAACCACAGACGAAAAAAGCAAGCGUUUCGAGAAGUGCUACCAACGAUUAGAUUUUGGACCCAGUCAAACAGUUGCGCUGAAUGAACAUCGAGACGGAGGAGGAUGGGGCGGCGGCCAUGCGCGAAAGCUUGUCUUCAGCGCGUUAGGUGUUCCGGCAGAAUCCCGUGACCUUGUCUGCGGCGAAGACGGGAAAAUAUUCACGAUGCGCCAUGUCGUACCAGUGACCAUGCGGAGCCGGCCGGGCGCCACCGCUCCGAUGAAGGCGCACCUGGAACGAGCAUUCCGGAAGGCGUUGGCGAAGGUUCAAAUUGGUGGACUGCACUGUUACGUUCGCGCACACGGGGCGGGCCUCGUGGUUGCCCGUCGCACUGACGCGGCAGGGGGGGAGAUGGACACCCGCAGAGGUAUGCAGGACGAAGCAGAGGUCGGCACUGACAGCAGAGGUGAAGAUGGCGGCGAGGCGGUGCGGCAAGUUCUUGAAAGCGUCAUCCCAGACAGGCUGCGACAUGCCUUUGCAGUGCCGUACAGGGGGCACCAUGUCGAGGCGCUAGCCGCUGUGAACAGCGACGGCAAAUUUUAG